AUGGGUAAAGUUUGGGUUAGGGAUAAUAAGGCAUUUUUCACUGUUAUACGGAAAAAUGAAAUAAAUUCCCUAAUCGGAAUUUUUACUAAAUAUCCUUUAAAAUCUUCUAAAGGUUUAAAUUUUUUAGAUUUUAAAAAAGCUUUUGAGCUUUAUACAUCUCAUAAAUUAACUAAAGAAAUAUUAAAUCAAAUCGAGAGUAUUAAAAAGAAUAUGAACUCUCUUAGAACGAAUUAUGAUAUGAAGGAUUAUUAUAAACAAAAUGAUUUAAUAAUUAGUGCUUAUUGAUUAUUAGGAUUUAUAGAAGCUGAGGGUUCCUUCUUUGUUAUUAACAGAGGAGGUUAUAACAUUACUAUGGAGUUUAGCUUAACACAAAGUUUUUUGGAUUUAUCUUUAAUGGAGGCGAUAAAAGAAUUUUUAAACAAUUUAGCUAAUCCUGAGAGUUCGACUAUAAGUAACUUAACUUUUGCAUACCUUUACGUCGAUAAGAAAGAGAAAAACCACUUAAGGGAUGUGAUAAUCGUUAAGAUUACUCAAGCUGGGUACAUAAAAAAGGUGUUAAUGCCUUUUUUAGAUAGUUUAAAUUGGCAAAGUAAGAAGGUUAAGGAUUACCACGACUGAAAGAUUAUUUUUCAACUUAAGGAGAAAGGUUUACAUUAUUUACCAGAAGGGCUUAUACUAGUUAAUGGUAUCUUAGAUCAAAUGAAUAGAAGAAGACUAUCUAGUAGCGAAAAAGCAGAAGUAAGGCUAAAUAGAACUCCUUUAGAUAAAGAAAUUGCCAAAUUAUUAUCUGGACCUUCUAAUUUGGAAGUAAUGAGUGAUGGUAGAGUCCUUAUUAAGUCUUUAAAUAAAUAUUAUUCUUCACGUCUUAGCAUUGAAGUUGAAAUUAUAGAUGAUAAAGCUAACCUUAUUAAGACAUUUCCUUCUAUAAAAGAAUGUGCAGAGUUUUUAGGGAUGACGCGUCAAGUCUUAACAAGACGUAUUUUAAGUAAAAAAUCUAUUUUAUUAGACUCUAAACCCGUUUUGGUAAGGAAAAUUGAAAAAGAGGAAUAA